CCAUCACCAUCAUCUCCAUCAGCAUCAUCUCCAUCAGCAUCGUCUCCAUCAUCUCCACCAACAUCUCUGUCCCCAUCAUCUCCAUCACCAUCAUCUCCCUCACCAUCAUCU